AUGGAAAUUUGUCUGAAGAUCAAGAAAGUUGACGUCCCGGAGAAUACCUACGACACCCUAGUCCUAAAUUAUGACGGUGAGGACGUAGUCUUUGAAGAUAUGGUUGUUAUGACCUUUAAGAAAUUUCACAGUACGGUUAUAGGCGAUAGUAAGAUUUUGUUAAUGAAGAACUCUUUUCCUUGGGCCUUGUGCACUGGAGUUGUUUUGUUGAGGCAUUCCUUUUUCAGAGAUGGAGACGAGGGGCGAGAGCAUUGGUCGCAGAUUCUCCAUGGGAAAUACCGUGAUAAAGCAAGCAGCUAUGACUUCGAGGCACGGGAAGUUGUGGGGAAGAUGCAGUACGAGUUUACAAGAAGGAUGCAUAGGGAGAGAGACAUGCAAGAAGAAGACGAGAUAAGCGGGUUUGUUCAGAAGGUGUUUGGGUUCUUUUUUAGCAGCGAAAAGGCCGGAACCAUUCUGAGCAUAAGGAAGCUGAUGAAUUACGUCAAUAGUGGAAGCCAUGGAUGUAGACUGAACAUAUUGUUUGGAGGACUUCUGAUUGAAAAGACGAUUGCGGAGCUCAACUCGCAGUUUACUAGAGACGUUGACCUGGCUCUCGAAGUAAGCCACGACCGCCUUCCAAGAAUUUUCAGUGAUGCAGGCCAUGCCAAAGAUCCUCUGGAUUCCAAGAGGGAUGGGCCAAAAGAGACAGGAGCAGGCGAAGCACGGUUGUUUAAGUUGAGGCUCCCUAGAUGCAGCCCCCUACACAAUAAAGACGGGACGAAUGAUGGAUCGAUGCGGAUAUCCGAGACAUUGUCAAGCAAUGGAUACUUGUUGUGUAACUUGCAGAUGCUCCGGAAGAUAAAGAAGCUGUUUUACUUCACCAUGGGCUCAUACGCCAACAGUUGGCCUAGCAUGUUUCUUACUCCACAGGCGGUGGUUGAUGAGUCGGUCCCGAAGGAUAGGAAGGCGGUGCUCAGGCUGUUGGGAAUAGAGGAUAGAGACCUGCUCUGUAUCAAUCUGGAGCCUUCUGAGGUGGUCCAGUACAUAAUCUUUCGUGACAGAGAGAACGGAAGAGUCAUGGUCUCAUUUAAAGGAACUACAAACUCUGAGGAGACGAUCCAGGACAUAAACUGCGAGUACACGGAAUUCAGUAGUGGAUUUGUACACAACGGGUUCAAAAGACUGUCGACCCACUUUAUAAGCAGGCACAUUGGUGCUAUUGAGAAAAUUCUCGAGGAGCUGGGAAUCAAAAAGCUUACUCUAUUGGGACAUUCUCUUGGAGGAGCAAUUGCAGCACUGGUUAAGAUAAUGAUAGAAGAGAUGAAUCUCCUGAAAGAUGUGGAUGUAGAGGUGAUAGUCUUUUCAAGCCCUCCCGUGGUUUCUGAGGAAGUAGCAUCGAGAUUUAGCGACGGGAUAACUGUGAUAAACUACGGAAACGAUAUAAUACCUCGAAUGAGCUAUGGAAGCGUACUGGAUCUCAAGUUUCUUUGCUGCUCGAUUGGAGAAAGGCACAGUCCGCUGGAUUCCACCGAAGAUGUCGGAAAGGAGAUGGACUUGGUUCUGUCUUAUCUUAGGAGCACACGCAUGUAUCCGAAGUUGUAUUUUCCAGGAGAGCUCAUACACAUAAAAAGAAUCCGAUGCUCACUUAACAAGAACGAAAAUCCCAUUGUCGUGUUCAAGAGUGUGGACAGAAAGUUUUUUGACCACAUUGUUCUUAUAAAGCAUGCAGCAAAGCACCACAUGAUGAGCCACAUAGCAUCUGUGAUUGAUGAGGGGAUCUGCUUGCUUGAAAGGAAAGAGGCAAAGGAUUGA